AUGACCUUUGGCUCAUCAAAAGUCGACUACCGAGUUCACGCCGAACUCGGACAUCUGUACUGGCUGGCCGGUACAGUCGCGGUUGAGGCGAAGAGGCUAGUUUGUGGAGGAGCCAUACAGGAGGAAAACCACUUCCUCGGCCAAAUGGAGGACCUACAGGAUGCCUGCCUGAAGGCAGCAAAAGUUCGCGAGCAGGCGGACAUUAGCACUGAGUUGGCCGCCUGGGGCCUGCCAACCAGUGCGGAAGGACUAUGCAACAUGGUGUUGCAGGAAGAUGGAUUUAUAUUGAGGGACCUCCACCUGGAGGUGUCAACCCUCAAGGAGCAACUGGCGGAGAAGAAGCGAGUGAUGGGUGUGUUGGCAUCCCAAGACUGGAAGAAGAGAGGAGAAGGAGUAAGGAGACUCCUUGGAUGA